CAAUGGAAUAUCUCCUCUGUUCUUGAUCCAAAGGCUCCUAGAAACACUCCCUAUGCCCUGAUUUUACUGAAUACACCUAUAUCAGAAAAACAUGCUAUUGUUUUCUAUCGCGUUUGGCAGCAAGCGGCAAUUCGCAUCGUUGCUGAUGGGGCAGCCAAUAUGCUUCUUGAAUUUAUGGAUGCGCACAAAGAUAAAUUGUUCAAGAUGCCUGACCUUAUUUGUGGUGAUUUGGAUUCUAUAUCUGAUCAUGCACGUUCUUACUUCGAGGAGCGACAUGUACACAUACAACGACUAGCGUCCCAAUAUUCGACCGACCUUCAAAAAUCUAUACAACAUUUGGAGCUGGAAGAAGACACUUCAUCGUUGCAAUAUGAUCUUGUAAUAUUUGGUGGGCUUACUGGACGAUUGGAUCAGACCAUGCACACAUUGCAUGUACUUUGGCAACUAGCGCCUGGUGUUCCUGUGGACGACAUUAUUACCUCGCACGAUACUUCGACAGACGAGAACAAAGAUGGCCGCCUACGAAAGAGACCUCAUACAGUGGUCCUUUCUGAUACGUGUGCUACGUGCUUGCUUGGUCCUGGGAAACAUGUACUUCAACACAACCGGUCAAUUGUGGGCAAGUCCUGUGGAAUCCUGCCUUUAGGCGUUUCGUCAGCGUGUAUUCAAUCGGAAGGGCUGGAAUGGAACUUGGGCAUGUACAAAUCACUAACACCAGAAUCACAGAAGUCAUCUUUGGGAGGAUUUUUGUCCACAUCUAACCACUUGGCACCCGACAACCUCUCAGGGACGGUUUUGAUUGAAACUGACUCACCUGUUUAUUGGACCGUGGAACUACAAGUAGACACGGAAUUGCUCUAG